CACGUCGACCUUUGGGUGGUAUACAGUCAAAAAUUCUUUGCUAUUAAUCGUUACCUAGACGUUGUCUUGUCCACCGUCUUCACCCUCCCAAGUGAAAUCGAUAUCAUUGCGUCCUGAAUUUUUCGAUGCACUUCAUCCUGGCCUACCUUGCUCUUGCCCUGGCUAUUGCUUAUGUUGGGCAUGCUGCACCAGUAAAUACCACAUCCCUCGACUUCCCAAACUCAACUCUUAAACCCCGUAUCACCAGAACGGUCAUCGUCCAGCUUGAAUUCCGAGUUCCAAGUAACGGGGACGCGCUCAACCCCCCACGCUACGAACACAAACUCAAGCCGGACAAGGUCCACCAAGGAGUAGAGAGAGCCUUGGAGAGACAUCAGGCUCUCUACACGGACUAUCCAUUCCAUGAGGAGCCCGCGCAAUACCUUGUUAUGAACGAAUUCAGAGACCAUCCAGAUUCCCUGUAUUUCACGGUACACUUGGAACACCCGUGUGGGAAUACCCCUUGUAAUUCGACUUGGCGGGUCCCUUUUUAUGAGAAGGUUGAACCGGUGCUGUUGAACGAAGGUACAUAAGGUAGAGCUCAAGCAAGAUCCGCACACGUCAGUUCCGCCUUCUCGAAAUCGGUUCGCGCAGAAAGUUUCGGGUCCCUUCAGCAGAACUUUCCUUGGGAGCCAAUUUUCUAUAUAUGUCGACGAACGGCCGCUAUUAAUUUUUGAAGGUCAUGUCACGCUGGUCAGGUGACGUGUGCGGAACUUGCAUGAGCUCUACCUUAGUAUCUUUAUUAUCAAAUAAUGACAAAUAGGACCUAGAUUUUGGAGCGUUU